CCCCCCAUCGCCCCCCCCGCAACGUGGGGCGGGGCCGGUGCGUGAAGAUGGCAGCGCUGAGCAGCGAGCCGCUGGGGCUGGAGCGGGACGUGGCGCGCGCCGUGGAGCUGCUGGAGCGGUUGCAGCGAAGUGGGGAGCUGCCCCCCCAUAAGUUGCAGGCUUUGCAGCGGGUUCUGCAGAGCAAGUUCUGUUCGGCCAUCCGCGAGGUCUAUGAGCAGCUCUAUGACACGCUGGAGAUCGCGGGCAGCGCCGAGAUCCGGGCCCACGCCACGGCCAAGGCCACGGUGGCGGCGUUCGCGGCGAGCGAGGGUCACGCCCACCCCCGGGUGGUGGAGCUGCCCAAGACGGAGGAGGGGCUUGGCUUUAACAUCAUGGGGGGCAAGGAGCAGAACUCCCCCAUCUACAUCUCCCGCGUCAUCCCCGGUGGCGUCGCCGACCGGCACGGGGGGCUCAAGCGGGGGGACCAGCUGCUGUCCGUCAACGGCGUGAGCGUGGAGGGGGAGCAGCACGAGAAGGCCGUGGAGCUGCUGAAGGCGGCGCAGGGGACGGUGAAGCUGGUCGUUCGCUACACGCCCAAGGUGCUGGAGGAGAUGGAGGCCCGGUUCGAGAAGAUGCGCACGGCCCGCCGGCGCCAGCAGCAUCCCAGCUACUCGUCUCUGGAGUCGCGGGGAUAGCGUCCGUCUCGUCCCACGCUGGGGAGGUCGGGGGCCCCCAGGCCCAGCCCCCCAAAGAUUCCCCCCCUCCCGCCCAGUUUUCGUGUGUAGCUGGGUCUAUUUAUCCGGCCCGCGCCGGCCCCGCCGUGAACCGUAUUUAUUCCCUUAUUUAAAGCUGACCCCUGUGUGUGAGCCGGGGUGAAUCCGCCCGCAUGGCCAGGCUCCGCGAAACGACCCCCAAGUUGGUGGGGGGCGGUGAGGGGCAUCCUGGCUUAGGGGCGAGGAAGGGGAAUGCUGGAGAAAUUCACUCCCCCCCCCCCCCCCCAAACCACCCACCUUACAGGAUUCUCCUUCACUUCCUGUCCCAAAUUCUUGUGCAUCUUUGCCCCCGCGCCCCACCCCAGAGGGGCUGCGUUCCAGCCUGUUAGGAUGCAGUUCCGUGAGUGGCCACCAGGUGGCGACUUUGCUGCUUGACUGGGGGGCGGGCGUGACAAUGACACUGGGCUUCAUGGUGCGUUGGGUGUUGGUGCCCCUCACUCCCGACCCGCAGCCCCCGGCUAGCCUGGCCCUGGCCUUUCCAAGGCAGGGGGAACAGAGACGGGGGGGGCUGGGCUCCCCUCCCCUCCCACCUCCCAGAUGGGCUGGGGGGAGGGGGGCGCGGGAAAUGACCUUGGGAAUCGGGGACACGUCCCUCCCCCAGGAGUGAGUCACCCCCUCAAGUCAGUGUUUCUGGUUUGGCUGCUGGGUCUGCCAGGGAAAGACAGGGGUGAAAUUCCCAGAGAGGGAGUCAGAGGGUGGGGCUGGGAGCCAGGACUCCUGGGUUCUCUCCCCAGCUCUGGCAGGGGAGUGGGGUCGAGUGGUUAGAGCAGUGGGGGCUGGGAGCCAGGACUCCUGGGUUCUCUCCCCAGCCCUGGGAGGGGAGGGGGGGUCCUAGUGGGUGACUCCCACUCCCCGCCCCUGCUGUCCGUCCCUCCUCUCCCCUUGCCGGGAACGUUCGUGCCCUUUGCCGUGGCUCCUGAUUGUGCUGGGGGAAAGGGGGCUCCUGAGCGUGAAUAAAGCGAUGCGAGUGAGUCUGCGA